GCAAGUCGCAAAACUUAAAUCAAUAGUUUCAACUUGAAACUAUUAUCAUACCAAAGGCAUAUUUCCUUAUAGACAGUACUACGAUCAUUUAAAAAGAAAAAUUUGAAUAUUAAAUAAUCAUGUAUUUGAAAAAUAUCAUUCUGUUUUUUUGCGUGACGUUUUACUUUUUCCAAUGUCAGGGUGUCCCACCAACACCCGAACAAAUUAACACGAUAAAGUAUGUGGUAGCAAGGUGGUAUUUGGUGCAAGAAGACAUAGACUUUGAAGACAUAAAAACUAUAUUUUGCGAUGUAGCUGGUGCGCUCAACAUACCUUAUGAGCCCUCCACUCUCGAUGAAUUGGCAAAAAUUGAACUUUCUAGGGACGAUGUUGAAAUCUUCACCCUAGCGUUUGUAGCUUCAGAACAUACGGCCCUAUUGGAUCUCAUUAAUGAGAUAAUUGCGGCGCACGUGGACCAAAUUCACGACAUAAGUCUCCUUAAAUUAAGAGUAGUACUUAUCAAAAUAGAAGAACGAGCCGAUUCUCCCACAAGGUUCCCCAGGACUGUACUACACUACAUUCUUAAUGCGUUAGAAAAGACAGCAUAUAACCGUAAAUUUACAUUAGACGAUGUUCGAAACUACGGCCUAGCGUAUGUAGCUUCAGGAAAUCCGGACAUAAUGGAAAUAGUACAUAACGCCAUGAGUGCUCAUGAAAAUACUGAUAGCAUGGGCUAUGAAGCGUUUAAAAAUGUAAUUGAGGAGGUAAAACAAGGAAUAGAAGAGAUACAAAAACCAGUCCCCAGUUACGACGAAUUCAAAGAGGAAGUUUUAAGCCACAAACUUUUUUUGAACGGAAUUGAAAAUAUGAUCAUUGAAAAAUUAUUUCCUUUAUAGUUUGAUUACAAUAUUAACUGUUAUUAAAUCACUGUAUGUAAGUAAUACAUAACAUACAAGUGUAGUUUUGAUUGAUUAAUAAAUUGUUUUGAUCUGA